AAAACAGGCGUAGAGAAGCUGAGUGAAUUGCCCAAGGUCACACAGCUUACGUCCAGCAAAGAGGGGAUCUCAACUCAAAAUCUGCUCAGGCAGGCAGGGCUGGGUGUGCUGCAGAUUAGCCGCCUUGGAGGGAGGCAGAGGCAGUGAGGGUGGCCAGUGGGCACGGCCCUGCUGUGAACACAGGAGCUCUGAGUUCCAGCCCUGGCUUGGCCUCUGUUUUCCUGGGAUACCCCGGAUGAGACCCUUCCCUCUGGGCCUGUGUCCCUGGGCGACCUUGUUGCCCUUGGAGGGCCAUUCCAGGUAAAUGAUGCAGAAGGUGGUGGAUGUGGAUGGCUCCUGGCUCUCACUGCGGGAUGUUCCCUCACUCUCCCUGCCAGCUGGGGGUCAAAGGGCAGUGCCAUCCAUGGGGUAAUGGUUAACCAGGCCCAACACCCCCACUAUAGGGAAUAACCUAUAGACCAGUCCCACACCAGCUGGCCAAGAGUCUGCAAGAUGCAGUGGACGAAGGUGUUGGGGCUGGGGCUGGGGGCUGCUGCCCUCUUGGGGCUGGGGAUCAUCCUGGGCCACUUUGCCAUUCCCAAAAAAGCCAAUUCACCUGCCCCCAGCGUCUCAGCCCCCCAGGACCUGGACCUGGAGAUCCUGGAGACCAUCAUGGGGCAGCUGGAUGCCCACAGGAUCCGGGAGAACCUCAGAGAACUCUCCAGGGAGCCACACCUGGCCUCCAGCCCUCGGGAUGAGGAUCUGGUGCAGCUGCUGCUACAGCGCUGGAAGGACCCAGAGUCAGGCCUGGACUCGGCCGAGGCCUUCACGUACGAGGUGCUGCUGUCCUUCCCUAGCCAGGAGCAGCCCAACGUCGUGGACAUUGUGGGCCCCACCGGGGACAUCAUCCACUCCUGCCACCGGACCGAGGAGAAUGUGACCGGGGAGCAAGGGGGGCCAGAUGUGGUACAACCCUAUGCCGCCUAUGCUCCUUCUGGAACCCCACAGGGCCUCCUCGUCUAUGCCAACCGCGGCACGGAAGAAGACUUUAAGGAGCUACAGACUCAGGGCAUCAAACUCGAAGGCACCAUCGCCCUGACUCGCUAUGGGGGUGUAGGGCGUGGGGCCAAGGCUGUGAAUGCUGCCAAGCACGGGGUGGCCGGGGUGCUGGUGUACACAGACCCUGCCGACAUCAACGAUGGGCUGAGCUUGCCCAACGAAACCUUUCCCAACUCCUGGUACCUGCCACCCUCAGGAGUGGAGCGAGGCUCCUACUACAAGUAUUUUGGGGACCCUCUGACUCCCUACCUUCCAGCCAUCCCCUCUUCCUUCCGCCUGGACCCUGCCAAUGUCUCUGGAUUUCCCCCAAUUCCUACACAGCCCAUUGGCUUCCAGGAUGCAAGAGACCUGCUCUGUAACCUCAACGGAACUUUGGCCCCAGACACCUGGCAGGGAGCACUGGGCUGCCACUACAGGCUGGGUCCCGGCUUCCGGCCUGAUGGAGACUUCUCAGCAGACAGCCAGGUGAAUGUGAGCAUCUACAACCGCCUGGAGCUGAGGAACUCUUCCAACGUCCUGGGCAUUAUCCGCGGGGCUGUGGAGCCUGAUCGCUAUGUGCUAUAUGGGAACCACCGAGACAGCUGGGUGCAUGGGGCUGUCGACCCCAGCAGUGGCACCGCCGUCCUCCUGGAGCUCUCCCGCGUCCUGGGGACCCUGCUGAAGAAGGGCACUUGGCGUCCUCGCAGAUCAAUCGUGUUUGCGAGCUGGGGGGCUGAGGAGUUCGGGCUCAUUGGCUCCACGGAAUUCACAGAAGAGUUUUUCAACAAGCUGCAGGAGCGCACCGUGGCCUACAUCAAUGUGGACAUCGCGGUGUUUGCCAAUGCUACCCUUAGGGUGCAGGGGACGCCCCCAGUCCAGAGUGUCGUCUUCUCUGCAACCAAAGAGAUCCGCUCACCAGGCCCUGGCGACCUGAGCAUCUACGACAACUGGAUCCGGUACUUCAAUCGCAGCAGCCCAGUGUACGGCCUGGUCCCCAGCUUGGGUUCUCUGGGUGCUGGCAGCGACUAUGCACCCUUCAUUCACUUCCUGGGCAUCUCCUCCAUGGACAUCGCCUACACCUAUGACCGGAGCAAGACUUCAGCCAGGAUCUACCCCACCUACCACACAGCCUUUGACACCUUUGACUAUGUGGACAAGUUUUUGGACCCAGGCUUCAGCAGCCAUCAGGCUGUGGCCCGGACAGCGGGGAGUAUUAUUCUCCGGCUCAGUGACAGCUUCUUCCUGCCCCUCAAAGUCAGUGACUACAGUGAGACACUCCGCAGCUUCCUGCAGGCAGCCCAGCAAGACCUCGGGGCCCUGCUGGAGCAGCACAGCAUCAGCCUGGGGCCUCUGGUGACUGCAGUGGAGAAAUUUGAGGCAGCAGCUACAGCCUUGGGCCAACGCAUAUCAGCGCUGAAGGGCAGCCCCGAUCCCCUGAAGGUCCGGAUGCUCAAUGACCAGUUGAUGCUCUUGGAACGGACCUUUCUGAACCCUCGAGCCUUCCCAGAGGAACGCUACUACAGCCAUGUGCUCUGGGCAACUCGCACGGGCUCCGUAGCCACAUUCCCGGGCCUAUCCAAUGCCUGCUCCAGGGCCAGGGACACAGCCUCUGGAUCUGAAGCUUGGGCUGAGGUGCAGAGACAGCUCAGCAUUGUGGUGACAGCCCUGGAGGGUGCGGCAGCCACCCUGAGGCCUGUAGGGGACCUCUGACCCCAGCCCUCUUCCUUCUGCCUGUGGCUGACCUCUGACCCCAGCCCUCUUUCUUAGGCCCUCUCUUUACCCCAACCCUCUCCUGCCUGCUUUCCUGAGAUGUCCUGGUCUUCCCUGGUGCCAGGAGGGGGCACUACCACAGGACCCUCUCAAGCUUCUCAGGCAAUAGCUUGAGGUCCGUGAGGGGAGUGGCAAUCCCUAAUGCAACUCACCCUCAUCCUGGUGCUUAGGUGGCAGAGGGUGGGCAGCAGGGGACAGGGAUGGGAUGGCAAAACCACCAGCUACUCUUGGUGGUGGGUAGGUGAAGAUGGGAUGCAUAAUGCCAACCUCAGAUGCCAACUCAGAUCAUCAAGGCCAAAGACCAGUGGCGAAAGUGAGGCAUGGGGUGCCUUAGGCCUUGCCUAGUCUGCGUUCCUCUCCCUACAUGCUGUGUAUCCUAACUCCCUACAACAGCCCCUCAAAUAAAUCACAUCUAGUGACUGGUACCAA